GGAGCCGGCAGCUUUGGGGCCUUCAUCUGCCGGCCGGCGGCAUCCCCAGAUGUCUCCACAGUGGUAUGGAUAAUGUGACCCGAUCGGAACCUCAGUUGAGAAGGCCAGCACUUAUAUUAACUAAGCCUUGACUACUUCUGCCUGGCUGUAUUCAUGUUCUGAGGAGGGAGUAAGAAGGAGCCAUGGAUGCUGCAGCAUUGGUGGAAGCUGUUGUGGAAGAAGUGGCCUGUCCCAUCUGCAUGACCUUCCUGAGGGAGCCUGUGAGCAUCGACUGUGGCCACAGCUUCUGCCACAGCUGCCUCUCUGGACUGUGGGAGGUCCCAGGAGAAUCCCAGAACUGGGGUUACAGCUGUCCCCUCUGCCGGGCUCCUGUCCAGCCAAGGAACCUGCGGCCCAAUUGGCAGCUGGCCAACGUUGUAGAAAAAGUUCGUCUGCUGGGGCUGCAUCCAGGAAUGGGGCUGAAGGGUGACGUGUGUGAGCUCCACAGGGAACAGCUAAAGAUGUUCUGCAAAGAGGAUGGCCUGAUCAUGUGUGAGGCCUGCAGCCAGUCCCCUGAGCAUGAGGCCCACAGUGUCGUGCCCAUGGAGGAUGUCACCUGGGAAUAUAAGUGGGAACUCCAUGAGGCUCUGGAGCAUCUGAGGAAAGAGCAAGAUGAGGCCUGGAAGCUGGAAGUUGGUGAGAGGAAACGAACUGCCAACUGGAAGAUACAGGUGGAAACCCGAAAGCAGAAUAUCAUGUGGGAGUUUGAGAAAUACCGGCGAUUACUAAAGAAAAAACAGCCACCAGGUCGGCGACUAGAGGUGGAAGCAGCCGCAGCUCUGGCCAGCCUAGAGCAGGAAGAGGGGGAGACCAUGCAAAAACUGGAGCAGAAUCACAAUGAGCUCAUCCAGCAGAGCCGAGUGCUGUGGAGGAUGAUUGCAGAGCUGGAAGAGAGAUCUCAGAGGCCUGUCCGCUGGAUGCUGCAGGGUAUUCAGGAAGUCUUAAACAGGAGCAAGUCUUGGAGUCUGCGGAGGCCAGAACCGGUCUCCCUGGAGCUAAAGACGGAUUGCCGCGUGCUGGGGCUAAGAGAGAUUUUGAAGACCUAUGCAGCUGACGUGCGUCUGGAUCCAGACACUGCUUAUUCUCGCCUCAUUGUGUCUGAGGACAGAAAAUGCGUGCGAUACGGAGACACCAAGCAGAAACUGCCCGACAAUCCUGAGAGAUUUUACCGCUACAAUAUCGUCCUCGGCAGCCAGUGCAUCUCCUCAGGCCGGCACUACUGGGAGGUGGAAGUGGGAGACAGGUCAGAAUGGGGCCUGGGAGUGUGUAGGGAAAAUGUAGACCGGAAGGAGGUGGUCUAUCUAUCCCCCCACUAUGGAUUCUGGGUGAUCAGGCUGCGGAAGGGAAAUGAGUACCGAGCAGGCACCGAUGAAUACCCCCUCCUGUCCUUGCCAGUCCCUCCCCACCGGGUGGGAGUCUUCCUGGAUUAUGAGGCCCAUGAUAUCUCUUUCUACAAUGUGACUGACAACGGCUCCCACAUUUUCACUUUCCCCCACUAUCCCUUCCCUGGGCGUCUCCUGCCCUACUUUAGUCCUUGCUACAGCAUUGGAGCGAACAACACAGCCCCUCUGGCCAUCUGCUCCCUGGACGGGGAGGACUGAGAGGGCCACCAUCCUAGCCAGAGGCCUUGGAGUUUCACCUGGCCCACAAGGGCCUUGGAGGGUCCUGCCACCAACAAGGAUCCCCUUGAACUAAGCUGAGUCGAUGAUCCAGGGAGCCCUCUCCCUGACCAGUAGUCUGUUGCUACUGGGCCAAGGUCUCUCACUAACCUACUCAUGUAUAAAAGCUGAGGCUCAGUCAAAGGAGCAUGGAACCCCCGUGAGGGAAGCAUGACGGGGCUGAGGACGAGGAUCAAAGCAGUUGUAAGAUAACGUGUUGGUGUCAGUCAGGACUCUGCCCUUUCUGUAGCUCAUGCUCUUCCCCAGUCCCUGAGGGUGCCAUAAGUAAGUCAGCGCGGGUGGUGAAGUGGGUCCACCCUCCAGGAAACCCUUUGCAUAGGGCUUACCAAAAAGCCAAAAGAUAAUUGUUCAUGUCCAGAGCUGGUUACUGUGCUGAUACCAGGAUAGGAUGCUUUGCCUGAGGUUUGCUGCUACUAAGCAACCCAUAUUGGACCCCAACUCUCUGACCCCCUAGCUAGAGAAAUGCCUUGCAACAUUGCCCGGGCCACCCCAGUGUGCAUCCCCUCUCUGAACGUAAGCUGGGAAAAUCACUCUAUCUCAGACUCUGAGGAGACCUGGAUCCUGGUCCUGCCCUUUUCCCCAAGUGUCAGGAUCAGAAAACCUGCGAGCCUUGUUCUUAUGGUCACUUUACGGAUGAAGAAACUGAAGUGGCCUUAAAUGCAGUAAGUUGCUUCUCACAAAACUGUUGAAAAAAGAUUGUAAAGCUUAUCAAGUACUUCCCACAUUCAAAUGAAAAAAGAUGGGCAGACUUGCUUCUCAGGUCACCCGUCUGCAUAUCCUUCAUUACAGUUGGGUCUGAAACAUCCCAGUGUCUGAGGGUUUUAGGUGUCCUCAAUGGAAAAAUGGGUAUAGUGAUUGCAGACUCUCCUACCUCACAGGAUUGUUGUGAAGCUCUCAGAUCCAUCCUAUAUUUUUGUCCCUUUCUCAGGGCUGGAGGAAGGCAGGCCAUGGAUUUCGCCUGCGGUAGCCCUCCUGCCUCUCCUUCUUAGAGCCAGCAUCUGUACAGCAGUGCCUUUGUUUGGUAGAGCCUCUCCCGACAGUCUCAGCCAGUUAGACAGAAAGGUGCCCUUGCCAGUCAGUGGCAGACUCUGGGCCACAGUGAUAGGUUGUGCAUCUGUUGUAUGUGUUUGUGUCUGGAUUAGAAUGGGGACUGUGACAUCAGAGUAGAGAAUGGAAAUAAUAAAAAGAAAAAUUUAGAACAGAUGCACUGGAAAGAAGGCUCACCCACAAGCUAGUUGGGCUAAAGUUUGGAUCUUUUUUGUCACCAAGGGAAUCUUCAUGGCUCUGGUAACUACCUAAUAUUCUGCCUUUCUCUUCUCUAAAUCUAUGACACAAGAAGGACAAGGCAUAAAAAGCCAGCUUGGGAGCCAUACACUAUAAUGAAAGGGAAUUAAAACUAUAUAUCUGGGCUGUUGACCUUAGAAUGAUGGUUAUAUGUGUUCAAAAUAAUUCAUUACAGGGCUUAAGAGUAUGAUGUGGGAAUGCUUGUGCCUGGAGACAAAUUGCAAGGCAAGCAGGUGGAAACCAUUGGCCUUGCCUAUUGCAAGGGGCUCUGAUGUGUACAUCACGUGUUGUCGCCAUGAUGCUGUGAAACACAACUUCUGAUAUAGUUUAAGCUUGAAGGUAGUGACUGUUGAGUCAGGAUUAGGCAGCAAAAUAGUUACCAGGUCAGGUAUAGGCAGAAGCAAAGUAAUUCCUGUAAUAAAGAAGAGCAAAAAUUGUCUUUCUACUUUAAUUGUAUUGGUUGUUCACAUAAGGAAGAGGUAAAACAGGCUAAAGUGGAGAAAUAAACUCAUUCUGCCCACCAUGCUUCCAAGUCACUCAUAGAGCAUUAGCAGAAGGGGAAACAUUUCCAUUCUCUACUUGGAGAGGAAUGAACUGGUAAGUCACAGACCUGGUCUUGGCAAAGGAUUGAGCUGACCUACAUUAAAGGGACCAUGUCUUCGUAUAGGGGGACUCCCUGGGGAAUUGUUUAUAGACUUGAGAAAUCGAUUUUCAGGAAGUUCUUCCAGUUAUGUCCAUGACACUUAGCAGAAGAGGCAAGGGACCAAACCAGUAUUGUUCUUUGACUAUGUUUUUAUUAGGACAAGUCCUGGAAGUCUCUUAGAAAAAGGAUUAUUAGGUGAUAAAUUUAUUUAAACCUAGAGUGAAUUGAGUAGUGUGGAAUGACUUCAUUGGUAACAUGCUGUUUUGCAGAGAGCUCUUUUUUUUUUUUUUUGACAUUUAUAAGCUGAUUUGGGUGCUGUGAUUACUUGUGAGAAGAAUAAGGUCAAGCACAUUGUUUAUUUCAUAUUGUUUGAUAUUUAAGACCAGGUAAGAAUCUUGAAGUUCUUAAGUAUAUGAAAACCCUUUUCUCUAGGGUAGUUACUUAUACUUCCUUGCUAAGAACCCCAUGAAGACAAGAACCUUACUUGUCUGAUUCACAGUUGCAGUCCAGUCUAGCACUGUGUGUGUGUGUGUGUGUGUGUGUGUGUGUGUGUGUAAAUAUUUAAGUGAGGGAACUUUCAUUCAUAUGCCUAGAAUCAAAAGAAAAAUAAGCUUUUGUCUCAUGGGGCAUGAACAACUAGAUGGUACUUAAUUACAAAUCUGUUAAAAAAAAAUGAUUCAAUGGAUAAUCACAAAAGUGGUCCGGAAAGGGAGGAAGCAGGUGGUCAUGCAGAGGGUAGAGUGUCUGCACCACUCCCUGGAAUGCCUAGGGUAUCUCCUCCAUCUUGGUGAGAUCAUUCACUACAAGGCAGGAAUGAGCUUUGCCCAUCCUUAUUUUACCAGCAGAGAAACAAGGGGUGCAAUGCCUGAGCCUUGAGGUGACAGACUAUGAAAGGGGAAAAUAGAUAGUCCUGCAGAGAGACAGGGAAAAUCCUUGGGACUCCCCACAGGAAAUCCAGUCUCCCAUUUUUCAAGCAGAAUUGAUUUUAGUCUCUUAAGAUCCAAACACUGAGACUCUGUAUGGGUCCCAGGCACUAGUUAAAUGGCAUAGAUUGCUUAGUGUGAGGGCAGGGGUUGUAUCUGAUCUGCGUGGGAUUUUCUGUUUGAGGGUAGCAAUGGCAGGGAACUAGUCCACUUUGGAAGUGUGUAGUUCAAUAUCUGAGCGCUAACAGUGGGUUCCAGCUCGCUUCAGGGAAUACUAGUGUGAAUGAAACACAAAGCAGGGCAGACUUCUGAGAGAAACGCUGGGGAGAAAUUUCUGUUUUGAGUGCCAAGCUGAACUAUGCCUUUGUUGCUUGACAUCAGAUUUUUUUAAUACAUCUGAUACUCUUGUAUUUGAUGAACAUAGUCAAUUCUUUGGGUUGCUUAUGGAGAAACAACAGUGUGACUUUUCAAAAUGUAAAUCUUAUCAAAUGUGCUUAACCACCUCAUGAUGUUGGUUUGUUUUUAUGUUAGGGAGAAGUUUCUUUUUCCUGCUCUUUGGGAACUCAGUGCAUUACUAUCAGGUGUUUAGAAGCUGAUUCCUACUUCAUGGUAUUCAGAAAUAGAAUACAUUCUAGGUAGGUAAGUAAUUUUAGUACUAGCAAAAGGUACAGAUGCCAAGUUGUUAAGCAGACUGUUUGAAACAGCUAUCACAUGAGUGUUGACCUACAUGGGAAUACACUCUCAAUAGUGCCUAGAACUACUCUUAAAAGUAUGGAAGUAGAAAUUUAUUGGUUGGGCGCCUGGGUGGCUCAGUUGGUUAAGUGACUGCCUUCGGCUCGGGUCAUGAUGCUGGAGUCCCAGGAUCGAGUCCCACAUCGGGCUCCCUGCUCAGCAGAGAGUCUGCUUCUCCCUCUGACCCUCUUCCCUCUCAUGCUCUCCAUCUCUCAUUCUCUCUCUCUCAAAUAAAUAAAAUCUUCAAAAAAAAAAAAUUUAUUGGUUAUACAGACACCAUAUCAGAUGUUGUGUUAUGUGGUUUCUGUUCAUCAUCAUCUUUAAUAUCCUCUGAAUUAACACUGUAUCCUCCAUCAGUAGCAAGGAAAUAGUAAGACUCAGAUAUAAUAACUAGUUAUCAACACACUUAGGAAAUUAUCUUUUAUUAAGAUUUUCAAAGGUACCAGAGUCAAAUAUACAUAUCUGUCACAUUUGAAAUCUUUUUCUUUUAACAUAUACUGGUUAUUCAGUUUAAGACUUUCUGAAAGGGGAAAAUAAAAGCAAAGACCAAAUACAUGUCUGGUGACCUGGAGAAGAAUAGGGACAUUUCGGCUUCAUUAUUGAUACUGUUUUCUAUUAACCUUCUCAUCCCAGGCACACUUCCAUGGUGGUGUCCAGAUGAAGAAAGACCUAUAUUAUAUUUGAUCCCUUUCUUUUAUGCCUUACAGUUAAGUUAUACAGAACCAGACUGGGAAGCAAAGAGAAAGAUGUCCACAGUCAAACUCACAUUGCCUUAACUUCUGUUGCUUCAAAGCAAAAGGCAGGUGUUUAGUAUGCUGACUCCAACUAACUUAACAAUAGGGGAUAAAUUAAAAGGUUAUAGAGGUAUCUUACAGAAUUUAAUAACAGGGAUGCACCUGGGUGUCCAAAAUGAGUUGGAAUCAGAGAACCAGAGACUCCCAUUUCUUCAUCCCAUCUUGCUAAUCUGCUUAUCUUGCUGUAGAACAUAUUUGUUUUUCCAAGUUCACGUGUUAGAAAAUGACCACAGUCAGUGAGCCCAAGUUUAUAUCUCCUCAGAUAAACUGGGAUUCAGUUUGACUAGAGAUGAACUCUGCUCCAGGUAUAAGCACAUGACCCAAGUUGAGUGGAUUCAUCACUGGGCCAGAAGGCAGGGUUAUAUAUUAACAGUUGCUUCCAUAAUAAUCACAUGAGUAAAUGAAUAAUUCUGGGAAAAUUAGCCAGGUGUUGGGGGGAACCAAACAGUUGGUUUUUUUCUGGGGGGGGGGUGGAUACUCAGUUGAAAAUAAGGGUCAGAAGCUAAGGAAAGAAAAAACCCAAAUCUAUAUUCUCUGCCCAGACUUAUCUCUUAUACAGAUACUAGUUGAUUGAAAUCAUUAAAAAUGUCAGAAAAUUAAUCAUUUCAUAUGCAUUCUUCCUAGAAAUUGGAAAAUUAGACAAGAAUAUAAUUUACAGCUUCAUCUUAGAACUCUUUAUGGUGCUAGGCAAACCACACCAGCUCUACAGAUUUCUAAGUCAUCUUCAAAUGCUUGGUCUUGAGUCAUCUUGAUUGCUCAAGAUCUGAACAGAAUCUGUGUUUAUGAACCCAGUUUGGAUUGGUCAAAGAGGCAGUGCAUCAGCAAGCUCCAUGUUCACUUGCAUAUUUGUUUGGUCCUCAGGCCUGCUUUAUAGCAGUAAUGCAUAACUUACUUGAAUGGAGCCUUUGUGUUUAUGAAAACCCUGUGCCUUCCUUCUACAACCAAAUAAACAUGCU